UGAGAGACCAGCAAGGGACUGGGUAUGAGUUGAGUAGUGAUAAUGGCGGUCACAUCGGCUAAUUGUAGUGCGUUAGUUGGUUACAAAGUUGGCGAAAUAUCCAAAGCAUUACAUUCAAGAACUGAAAGUAAAACAAGAGCAGGUGACAAACUCAAUUCCUUGUUCAGUUCAGCUAAAGUAAUUCAACCUGAAUUUGAGGCAAUUGGUCCAAAGACAUGUAGAACACCUUCAAGGGAUGCUCAGAAUUUUAAGAGAAACUUUACAGAUUGUGAAGAAAUUGGAGAUCUACAUCAAGAUUUUACCAGCCAUUCAAGAAAAAGAAAGGAAGUAUUAAGUGAUGAUGAAGAUAUGGUGGUUAAGAAUCCUAGUAAAAAAUGCAAGAAAUCCUGUGAGGCAGUAGAAAAUCCAGAAAGAGUAGCCAGGACUGUCUUUGUGGGAAACCUUCCUGUGACAUUAUCAAGAAAGAAACUGAAACAGAUGUUUGCCAUUUAUGGUGAAGUGGAGAGUGUUCGAUUUCGCUCAGCGGCACUUGCCAAACCAGGUCUAUCAAGAAAAGUGGCGAUGAAAAAAAGAGAGUUUCAUUCAGAUCGACACAAUAUCAAUGCCUAUGUUGUAUUCAAAGAGAGGAAGAGUGCACUCAAAUCUUUAAGCAGUAAUGGUUUGGAAGUUGGUGGUUUUCACAUCAGAGUUGAUAUAACUGGAAAAGAUAUUGAGCAUGAUCACACCAGAUCAAUAUUUGUUGGAAAUUUACCUUUUGAUACUGAGGAGGAACCACUGAGGCAAGCCUUCAGUGAAUUUGGUGAAAUUGAGGGUGUUCGAAUUGUUAGGGACAGCAAAACUGGUGCAGGGAAGGGCUUUGGAUUCAUCCUCUUUAAAGAAAGAGAUGGAGUGAUGUUUGCUUUGAGAAGGCAUAAAAUAGAAUUCCAAGGUCGACAGUUACGCAUCUUCCCAUCCACAGAAAAUCCCCAUUUAGGUCAGUUAAAAAGUGUUAAAAAAGGUAAACCUGUGGCUUAUGCAUUCAGUGGAAUCACCUCCAAGAAAUCCACAAGAUAUGAUUGUAGAGGGAAAAAAUGCAACAGAGGUCCUGCUAAAGUUAUGCAAACAACAAGAAACAAAGCAUAAGAAGUUCAAGAGUCCAAAAAAACGGAAAUAAGAAGUUGAAAUCAUCAUGGAAUGAAAAAGGAACUGAAAGGGUUCCAAGGUCAAAUAACAUAAGAAAAAAGAAAUAUGCAACAUUGUAAGACUCUUGGAGUAAUGUUUAUUUUUUUUGUCUAAUGUUCCAGAAGGGGAAAUUUUACAUUCAGUUACACACAAAAAGAAAAAAAAACUAAAAGAUAGUGGUUGAACAUGUAUCCAUAGGAAUUAUUAAAAUUGUACAUUCCUAAUAAUAAAAACUAUCAGAAUAAAAUAGUAUUCAUUACAACCUACCUAUUAAUUUCCGUGCAAUUCUAUCAAAAUCACUGGAAAAGUUAUCUUGCAAUAACACCCAUUUGCAUCAAUAUUUGUCUAGUACUGAUUAUUUUCAUAAGAAAAAAACAAAGCCAGCAGAAAAAAGCCUGCUCAAGUGUUGCACUCUUAUUUCUUUAUUGCUUAAGAAAAACAAACUUAUUGUGUAGAAUCCAGUGGUGGUGAUGAUGAAAAGCUCGUCCCAAGUACUGCUACAGAAAGCACAAAAAAUUUAACAAAAUUUGCUGUCAAUGCAUGAUACAAAGAUUAAUAGGAGGGUUAUAAAAAAACCUGCUUCACCUAGCAGCUAAAUAUUCAUUUCUCAGACAUCAUCUCAGUGGCAGACAUCAGUUGACAUACCAGCUGCCAGAAAGAGGCAUACUUAAUAAAUAUGGUGCUAUAAAUUGUGCAACUAUUUUUCUUGUUUUUCUCAAGUUUUAUUGUUUCAUGUCUAAUUUAAGUACUCAUAAUUUGUAUUCUAUUAAUGUUGUUACUUAAGAAUGUAAAUUUUUAUUCACUUAAAGUGAGCAGUAGCCUAUUUCUGAAGCAGCUAUGCUACCCUCAUGAGCCCAAACCAAUAUUUUCAAAUUUCAAUUUGCUGAUUAAUAGGGCUAACUUAUAGCAAACUUACAGAACAAUAGUGUAUGCAACAAAAACAUUCUGUUUACUGUGAUUUUUUUCUGGUUCUCAUGUAUCUGGGCAAAUAGGAAGUGAAGAGAAGCGAAUAAGUUUCUAAAGAAACUGUAGUGCUAUGCACUGGGGGAGUAUAACAAGAUAAUUUUGGUUUUAUCAACUGAGUUGAUAAUGUAAAUUGGCCGCCAUAAAGUGUUUCAAGGCUGACGUUUUGAGCUUUAAGCCCUCCAUCAGAACAAAUAGAAUACAAGAAAUAUAGGAGGUGAAAUAUCAGGUUAUCAGGGCUGGUGUAGUAAGAAGAGCUAGUAUACAUCUGUACAGCCAGGGUUAGAUUUCCUUCAGCCUAUCUCUGUUAAAUUUUAAUGUUUGUAUUGUAUUGUUUGGUGCUUAAGCUACAAAUAUUCUGGGUGCCUUGUUUCACCAAAACUGAGAUUUCUGAAUGUUUUUUAUUCUUUCUUAGAAUCGUCAGGAUCACUUGUAAUGCCUAGAACAGACUGUGGACAUUAUUGACUUAAAUAUGAAAGUCAUCUUAGCAUUAAUAAACACUACCUGAGCAGUAAUGAAAAUAAACCCUGAAAAAAGUUA